UGUAUGGAUUUUAUCGAUCUGGUUUUGGGAGACUAGUUUCUCUCUCAUUGAGCUGAUGUCAAAACCCUAGAAAACCAGAGACGAUGGAACCACCGCCACCGCCACCAGCAGCACCGCCACUCUCCCAAAACCCGCCAUUAUCGCCGCCGCAAAUCAUCGAAACAAUCACCGCUGUGCUCACCUCCGACAAAGCUUCUUCUUCGUCGCUGAAGUCACUCACCCCAUUCAUCUCCUACCUCACCCCUCCUCUAAUCCUCUCCCUGCUCUCCUCCAAAACCCUAGCCUGUCGCCCCAACAACCUCCUCUCCUUCUUCAUUUGGUCCCAGAAGCACAUCCCAACUUUCUCUCUCAACACCCACUCCCUCCCUUCUCUCCUCACCGUCCUCUCCUCCCUCUUCGCCCACAACAAGUUCUCCGACGCCAAAUCGCUUCUCCUCAACUUCAUCUCUGCCGAUCGCCGCCACGAUCUCCACCGCUCUCUCCUCCACCCUACUCGCUCCCUCCCCAGACCCUCCAAGGCCCUUCUUGACACUGCAAUUGGGGCUUAUGUUCAAUUAGGCCACCCUCAUCUUGGUCUCCAAAUUUUUAAGAAGAUGAAACGGCUUCGAUUGCAGCCCAAUCUCCUCACUUGCAAUACACUCCUCAAUUCUUUGGUAAAGUACCCGUCCUCCCAUCCGGUUUUGCUUUGUAGAGAAAUAUUCAAUGAUGUGAUUAAACUUGGUGUUUUGCCAAAUGCUAACAUGUUUAAUAUAUUGAUAAAUGGGUAUUGCUUGGAAAAUAAGUUUAAGGAUGCUCUGGAUUUGUUGAACCUAAUGGAUGAAUAUGAUUGUUCUCCUGAUAAUGUGACUUAUAAUACCAUAUUGGAUGCACUUUGUAAGAAGGGUCGCUUGAAUGAGGUUCGGGAUUUGUUAACGGAUAUGAAAAAUAGAGGGUUGUUGCCUAAUAGGAACACAUAUAAUAUUCUGGUUUAUGGGUAUUGUAAAAUGGGGUGGUUGAAGGAAGCUGCUACGGUGAUCGAGUUGAUGACGCAAAACAAUUUGUUGCCUGAUGUUUGGACUUAUAAUAUGCUGAUUAAUGGUUUGUGUAACGAAGGAAGGAUUAAAGAGGCUUUUCGGCUUCGGGAUGAGAUGGAGAACUUGAAGUUGUUACCUAAUGUGGUUACUUACAACACAUUGAUAAAUGGGUGUCUUGAGUGGAAAAGUAGUUCAGAAGCAUUCAAGCUGCUGGAUGAAAUGAAGGAAAAAGGAGUGGAACUGAAUGCAGUCACGCAUAAUAUAAUUGUUAAGUGGCAUUGUAAAGAAGGGAAGAUGGAUGAAGCAAGUGAUACUGUUUGGCAGAUGCAAGAAAGUGGGUUUUCCCCGGAUUGUGUUACAUACAACACUUUGAUAAAUGGGUAUUGUAGAGCCGGGAACUUAGGUGCAGCCUUAAAGACGAUGCAUGACAUGGGUGGAAAAGGUUUGAAGAUGGAUAAUGUAACCCUUAAUACCAUUCUUCACACUCUCUGCAGGGAAAGGAAGAUUGAUGAGGCCUAUGAGUUACUUACUAGUGGGAGCAAGCGAGGUUAUAUUGUUGAUGAAGUAAGCUAUGGCACUUUGAUUGUGGGAUACUUCAAGGAUGAAAAUGUGGAUAAAGCCAUGAAGCUUUGGAGCGAGAUGAAGGAUAAGGAUAUCAUUCCUAGUAUCGUCACGUACAACUCUAUUAUUGGGGGGCUUUGCAAAUUGGGCAAAAUGGAGCAAGCAAUAACUAAGCUGAACGAACUUUUAGAGAAUGGGUUAGUUCCCGAUGAAACCACAUACAACUCAAUUAUUCAUGGGUACUGCUGGGAGGGUAAUGUUGAGAAAGCAUUCCAGUUUCACAAUAAAAUGGUCGAGAAUUCAUUUAAGCCUGAUAUCUUUACAUGUAAUAUUCUUCUUUGCGGGCUUUGCAGAGAAGGGAUGCUCGAAAAAGCUCUUAAGCUCUUCAACACAUGGAUCUCAAAAGGGAAAUCAAUUGAUGCAGUGACCUAUAACACAUUGAUAAUGGCCCUAUGCAAAGAAGGGAGGCUUGAAGAUGCUUUGGAACUUGUUGCAGAGAUGGAAGUGAAGAAACUAGGGCCUGAUCAUUAUACAUAUAAUGCAAUUCUUGGUGUGCUUACUGAUGCCGGGAGGAUCGAGGAAGCAGAGGAGUUGAUGGCAAAAAUGAUUGAGACAGGUAACUCAUGUGACCUUUUCUUACAAAUGGAUAAGGGGCAAGAUGUAGUUACCAUUGGAACUACUGACAAGUUAGAUUUAAGCUCUAUAGCUUAUUCAGAACAGAUUGAUAAGCUGUGUACUGAAGGGAGAUACAAGGAUGCAAUGCGUAUUUUUGGUGAAUUGACGCAGAAGGGUAUUGCUGUAAAUAAAUCUACCUAUAUUACUUUAAUGAAUGGACUCGUCAAGAGGAGAAAACCAAUAUCAAAGGGAGCAUGAUUAUAGGAACUGCAUCCUUCGGUACUCUCCUUGAUAGUGUCGAGUGGGUGGCUUCAUUGCAUGUGUCACAUGGACCUAAAAGCAAAUCAACCAAUCAGGGAAUCCGGAUAUGGAGAAAUUUUGAGGUCACAUUCUCAGUUUUGCAUGCUGAAGGAAUGUACAUUUCUUGUGGGAGUUGAUUAAAUACUUUGAUGGAGGAGAUUGUGCUUCUUGGGAUGGAGACUUUUGAUCUUGAAGACCUUGUUUUCUGUGUUUAAAACUAUGAUGGAGAUGAGAAACCCCCCCGUUCGGACAUGACUUGAUGCCUAGUUCGAUAGUUCAUAUAGGUGAUUCAUUCUUGUCAUGGCCAGGAUGAUUCUUACCAAUAUGUUGCUGGAGUCGUUUUUGUGCUGUUGAAAACAUGAGGAAGGUGAUGAAAAGAGUGAAGGAUUGCUACAAGAGAAUUGAGACUUGGCUACACAAGCCAAGAGACCAGUGUUUUAAAAAGCGCGCCUAGGCGAGCGCCUAAGCUCAAGGCGAGGCGAGGCGAGCCGUGCCGUAGCUCUGCGCCUCAUGUAUGGCGAGGCGAAGCGACAUAAAAGAGGCACAGACGAGGCGACGAGGCGCGCGCUUUAUGAUGAAGCUCGAGGCAUGCGCUUCGCAUUUCUUCCACUCCAACAGCCCAUCUGUUUUCUGUGUGGAUACCCACAUGGGAUGACAUCUCAUUUACAUUAUAAAAUGAUCCAAACGUGGGUCAAAAGAGCAGAAACAUUAAAAAAAGCCCUAGUGGAGAAGAAGAAGAAGAAGAAGAAGAAGAAGAAGAAGAAGAAGACAAAGGCGCGACGUCACGAAGAGUACACAACACGCCAAUAUACGCAGUGUCCAGGGCUCAAAGUUCGACUCCACCCGGAUUUUCAGUGCCAUCCAGACAACCACCUCCUGGGUUUUCUACAUGUGAGAGAACAAACCAGGUUGUUAAUGCCACCUCUGGGAUUCAUUUGGUUAAGAUGACUUCUUUGCCAAACAAUCAAUAUUGUGCACCGUCAACAGAAAAUAUUAACACUUGCGAUUUUGAUUUUAUGGAUCCUGCCAUAUUGGCUGUUCGAGGGGAUAAAGCAACAUAUGGGUUGGAUAACUCAGGCUUAGAAAUGAGGCCAACUUCUACACCACAGCUGACCUAUGAAGAUGAGGCAAGGCUUUGGAUCUUGAUGCAACAAUCUGCAUCUGCACAUCAGGACCCAAAAUUUUCUUCGAUCUUCAUGCAAGACCGCUCAUUCGCGCAUCAAGAACUGAGAUUUUCUGGUCACAUGGGUUUUCUCCCAUGGGUGAUACUUACAGUAUUUCUUCUAGGCUUAUGGAUCAACACCAGACCUAUGAUCCAUCUCCUUUGACGCAGUUGUCACAGCAGAAAUAUGGAAACGGACAACUUUCAAAUUGCUAUUGGUCUGGUCUGGAUGCGUUCAGACUUGGGAGUGAAGUGAGCAUGACAGAAAUUCAGAGAAAUGAGAUAUUAGGAUUGAACAAGUUAUUCCCUGGGUAUGGGGAUUUAAUGUCGCAGACGCCCAGCUCAGGUGAUGUAUACAAUAAGGUAUAUAGGCUGUAACUCUUAUAUUCUCGUGUAAAAAAUGAAACUCAGCCUUGUCAGCUUUCGUGGCAUCCUAGUUUCAACAAGGGCUGAAAUAUUUCUGGCUAUCAAGACCCCUCUGGUGUUGUAGGAUUGGUCUCUAAACCAUUUUAUUGCAAAGGAGGUGAAGGAUCUUAUUACACUGCUUAAUCUUGUGGUGGUCCAGUUGAAGCUGGCUGGCGGCAAACUUUCUGUCCAUUCUGUUUUCGGGAUUUGUUCAACUCUGGUAAAAAUGAUUACAAAUCUUCAGCAAAAGAUUCUGAUUGUAGACUUUGAUGGACCUUGUUGAGGAUCAUUCUGCAAUAUUGCACUAUAUCUCUGAAUUCUUGCAGGGCAGGAGUGAUUAUACCAGAAGCCUGACUUCUAAUAUUAGAAUCUGAUUGUGAAUGCCUAUGGCUGCUUUAGGGCAUUUUCACAUACCUCAUUAUAGGAUUGGAAGUCUUGGUUGGGUAAUUACUACUGUUUGAUGCUCCGGUUGGUGGGUGCUUUUUGGUUGAGAUACAGGUUUUGCCCCUCUUGUUAAAAAGAUUUUAGGCCCAUGGAAUUUGAAAUACACUCUACUUAAUUCUACACAUAGUAGUGUAGGUCUUUCAUCACGGGUAAGAAAAGUGAAUGGUUUGAGCUGCAAAAGAACUACGAAAAAAAUUGUUCUUUCUUAUGGUAAUGAAAUUAGCCAUUGUUUGGAAUCAUAUUAUUCUAGUGAGUCCUGUGUCAGUUAUGUUGUGGAAAUUGCAAUAUAAUGGCAUGUUUGAUUGGAA